AUGUCGUACUUCUGGGUUGGCCCGCCCGCCCAAUUCAACGGCACAAACCCUGACCUCGGAGGCGAUUCGAGCGUCGAGAACCUCAAUGGUUGGUUCGCGGCCGGCGAUCAAGCCUACAUCAUCGUGGCAUCCGCCAUGGUGCUGGUCAUGGUACCAGGACUCGGCUUCUUGUACUCCGGCCUCGCGCGAAGAAAAUCCGCCCUGAGCAUGAUAUUCGCCUGCAUGGGCUCAUGUUCCGUCAUUACGUUCCAGUGGUAUUUCUGGGGCUAUUCGUUGGCGUUCAGCCAGUAUGCGACGAAUGGCUUCAUUGGUGAUUUGAAGAAGUUUGGGUUGAUGAAUACCUUGGCGAUGCCGAGUCCCGGAAGUCCAUUGGUCCCGGAUUUGCUGUAUGCCUUCUAUCAGAUGCAAUUCUGCGCCGUCACGGCCGCCAUUGUCAUGGGAGCUGUCGCGGAGCGAGGCCGUCUCAUCCCCGCCAUGGUCUUCACCUUCUUCUGGGCCACCCUCGUCUAUUGCCCCAUCGCCUGCUGGGCAUGGAACAUCAACGGCUGGGGCUACAAGUGGGGGGUGUUGGACUACGCCGGCGGAGGACCUGUCGAAAUCGGCUCUGGAAUGUCUGCGCUCGCAUACUCGAUGGUCCUCGGCCGACGACAAGAGAAGAUGAUGCUGAACUUCCGCCCACACAACGUCUCCCUCAUCACACUCGGCACGAUCCUGCUCUGGUUCGGAUGGUUGGGCUUCAACGGUGGCUCAUCCUUCGGCGCCAACCUGCGUGCAGUUAUGGCUUGCUGGAACUCCAACCUCACGGCUAUGUUCGCCGCCAUGUCCUGGGUUCUCCUCGACUACCGCCUCGCCCGCAAGUGGUCCAUGGUGGGCUGGUGCUCAGGCGCCAUCUCAGGUCUCGUCGCUGCAACCCCCGCCUCAGGAUUCAUCCCCCCAUGGGCCUCCGUCGUGCUGGGCAUCUCCACCGGCGUUGUUGCUAACUUCGCCACAAAAAUCAAGUACUGGAUCAAAAUCGACGACAGCAUGGACGUCUUCGCCGAGCACGGCGUCGCGGGGAUGUGCGGACUCUUCUUCAACGCCAUCUUCGGCGCGACGUACAUCAUCGGCCUCGACGGCGUCAACACCGGCUCCUCCGCAUACCCGGGCGGUUGGAUCCAGCACAACUGGAAGCAGCUCUACAUUCAAAUCGCCUACAUCGCCGCCUGCACGGCCUGGUCGUUUGUCAUCAGCGCCCUCAUCGCCUACGCCAUUAACUUCAUCCCCGGCCUCAAGCUCCGCGCGAGCGAGGAAGCCGAACUUCUUGGCAUGGACGACGACCAGCUUGGCGAGUUCGCGUACGACUACGUCGAGGUGAGGAGAGAUUACCUCGCGUGGACACCCACCAAGGGCGACCCGGAGAAGGCGGACGCCGAUGUUCCUCAGAGCGAGAGGCACGGAAUUCAGCAGCAUAGCGAUAUGAUCGAGGGUAAGGAUCCCGCAGGAAGUGAGGGAAGCAACAGCGGGCAUGAGCAUACAGGAAUUGGAGGCGAUAGACAUGGUGUUGCGUAUGAGGAGAUGGAGAAGAGCAAGAGAGAGGCUACUUCGGGUGGUCAUUGA